GCGGCUGGAGGUGAGGGCAUCGGCUGAGUUGCUCUAGGGGUCCGGAGGUGAGGGUGCCAUGGCACCCGGCUGCAAAAAUGAGUUGCGCAAUGUGACAAAUUGUCAAUCUAACCAACCAAGUAAUGAAGGUGAUGCCAUCAAAGUUUUUGUGCGAAUUCGUCCGCUUACAGAGGGUUCUGGCUCAGCUGAUGGAGAGCAAAACUUAUGCUUAUCUGUGCUCUCCUCCACGACGCUCCGGCUGCACUCCAACCCCGAGCCCAGAACCUUCACGUUUGAUCAUGUUGCAGGCAUGGACACCACUCAGGAGUCUGUGUUCUCAGCUGUGGCCAAAGGCAUUGUGGAGUCUUGCAUGAGCGGUUACAAUGGUACCAUCUUCGCAUAUGGACAGACUGGCUCAGGGAAAACCUUUACUAUGAUGGGACCAUCUGAAUCUGAUAAUUUUUCUCAUAACCUGAGAGGAGUAAUCCCACGAAGUUUUGAAUAUUUGUUUUCCUUAAUUGAUCGUGAAAAAGAUAAGGCUGGAGCUGGAAAGAGCUUCCUUUGUAAGUGUUCCUUUAUUGAAAUCUACAACGAGCAGAUCUAUGACCUUCUGGACUCUGCAUCAGCUGGACUGUACUUAAGGGAGCAUAUCAAGAAGGGCGUCUUUGUUGUUGGUGCGGUGGAGCAGGUGGUGACCUCGGCUGCCGAAGCCUAUCAGGUGCUGUCUGGAGGAUGGAGAAACAGACGUGUGGCAUCAACAUCAAUGAACAGAGAAUCUUCUAGGUCUCAUGCCGUCUUUACAAUUACAGUAGAGUCAAUGGAGAAAAGCAAUGAGACUGUGAAUAUACGGACCUCCUUACUCAAUCUGGUGGAUUUAGCAGGAUCUGAACGGCAAAAAGACACCCAUGCAGAAGGGAUGAGGUUGAAGGAAGCAGGUAACAUAAACCGAUCGUUGAGCUGCCUGGGCCAAGUGAUUACCGCACUUGUCGAUGUGGGUAAUGGCAAACAGAGACACGUGUGCUACCGAGACUCCAAGCUCACCUUCUUACUCCGGGAUUCCCUGGGUGGUAACGCCAAAACGGCCAUAGUCGCCAACGUCCAUCCAGGACCCAGGUGCUUCGGGGAAACUCUGUCAACGCUGAAUUUUGCUCAAAGAGCCAAGCUGAUUAAAAAUAAGGCCGUGGUAAAUGAAGACACUCAAGGAAAUGUGAGCCAGCUCCAAGCUGAAGUGAAGAGGCUCAGAGAACAGCUGGCCCAGCUUUCCUCCGGGCAGAUACCUCCAGAAAGCUUCCUGACCAGAGAGAAAGAUGAGACUAAUUACGUGAAGUAUUUCCAAGAGGCAAUGUUAUUCUUUAAGAAAUCUGAACAGGAAAAGAAGUCUCUAAUAGAAAAAGUUACCCAGUUAGAAGACCUCACUCUCAAAAAAGAGAAAUUUAUUCAGUCUAAUAAAAUGAUUGUGAAGUUCCGAGAGGACCAGAUAAUGCGCCUGGAGAAGCUACAUAAGGAGUCGCGGGGAAGUUUUCUGCCUGCGGAGCAGGACUGUUUGCUGUCGGAAUUAAGGGAUGAGAUUCAAACUCUGCGAGAACAAAUAGAGCACCACCCCAGAGUUGCAAAAUAUGCUAUGGAAAACCAUUCCCUCCGGGAGGAGAAUAGAAGGCUGAGAUCACUGGAGCCCGUGAAGAGAGCCCAAGAAAUGGAUGCCCAGACCAUCGCAAUGCUAGAAAAAGCUUUCUUCGAAGUAUCGGGCACAGAGAAAAAUGACAAAAACCAAGUUCCCUUGUUAUCAAGUCAGCAAGGAUUCUCUCCUAAAGUUGCAAAAGAGCCAUGUUCAUUAGCAAACCCUGAGAAGUUAAAAGCACAACUCCUGCAAAUUCAGACCGAGCUGAAUAAUUCAAAGCAAGAGUAUGAAGAAUUCAAAGAACUAACUAGGAAAAGGCAGCUAGAAUUGGAAUCAGAGCUUCAGUCUUUGCAAAAAGCAAACCUGAAUCUUGAAAACCUUUUGGAAGCAACAAAAGCCUGCAAGCGACAAGAAGUUUCUCAGCUGAAUAAAAUUCAUGCUGAAACACUCAAGGAACAAAUGAGUGCCCUUCAAGUCCAGCUGGAUGAAGAGGAGCGUAAGAACCUGAAGCUUCAGCAGCACAUCGACAAACUGGAGCACCAUUCUACGCAAACGCAGGAGCUUUUCUCAUCUGAGAGAACUGAUUGGACCAAACAGCAGCAAGAGCAUCUCUCACAGUUGAAUGUCCUUGAAAAGCAACUUCAGGACACUCAAACUAAGAAUGACUUUUUGAAAAGUGAGGUCCAUGACCUGCGGGUAGUUCUUCAUUCUGCUGACAAGGAGCUGUCUUCGGUGAAGCUGGAGUACGGUGCGUUCCGAGAGAGCCAGGAGAGAGAGCUCAGCAGCCUUUCCGAGAGACACGUGCAUGUACAGCUCCAGCUGGACCAUGUCAGAUUAGAAAAUGAAAAGCUUCUUGAGAGCAAAGCCUGCCUACAGGAUUCCUAUGAAAACUUACAAGAAGUAAUGAAGUUUGAAAUUGACCAACUUUCAAAAAACCUCCAAAACUGCAAAAAAGAAAAUGAAACUCUGAAAUCUGAUCUGAAUAAUUUGAUGGAGCUUUUUGAGGCAGAAAAAGAACGCAAUAACAAAUUAUUAUUACAAUUUGAAGAAGAUAAAGAAAACAGUUCUAAGGAUAUGCUCUGUGAGGACCUGGCUCAUGCUACAGAGCAGCUGAACAUGCUCACCGAGGCCUCAAAAAAGCACUCGGGGCUUCUGCAGUCGGCCCAGGAGGAGCUGAACAGGAAGGAGGUCCUCAUCCAGGAACUUCAGCACGAGCUAAACCAAAAGAAAGAGGAAGUAGAACAGAAAAAGAAUGAAUAUAACUUCAAAAUGAGGCAACUUGAACAUGUGAUGGGUUCUGCUGCCGAGUAUCCCCAGAGUCCUAAAACACCACCUCAUUUUCAAACACAUUUGGCAAAACUCCUGGAAUCACAAGAACAAGAGAUAGAAGAUGGACGAGCCUCUACGAUAUCUUUGCAACACCUCGUAACAAAGCUAAACGAAGACAGAGAAGUAAAAAAUGCUGAAAUCUUCAAAAUGAAGGAGCAAUUGAGUGAAAUGGAAAACCUACGCCUGGAAGCUGAGCAGCUAAGAGAGAAAAACUGGCUCCUUCAAGGUCAACUGGAUGAUAUUAAAAGACAAAAGGACAACAGGGAACAGAACCAUCCACACAAUCAACAGCUGAAGAGUGAACAAGAAGAAAUUCUCAAAGAAAGACUUGCUAAAAAUAAAUUAGUUGAAGAAAUGCUGAAAAUGAAAGCAGACCUAGAAGAAGCCCACUGUACCCUUCAGAACAAAGAGACAGACUACCUGAGAAUGACUGAGGAAGUCGAACGAACCAGAACUUUGGAGUCCAAAGCGUUCCAAGAAAAGGAACAGCUGAGAUCCAAGCUGGAAGAAUUAUAUGAAGAAAAGGAGAGAACAUCCCAGGAGCUGGAAGUGUUAAGGAAGCAGGUGGAGUGUCUCGCUGAGGAAAAUGGGAAGUUGGUGGGUCACCAAAACCUACAUCAAAAGAUUCAGUACGUAGUGCGGCUGAAGAAGGAAAAUGUCAGACUCGCUGAGGAGACAGAAAAGUUGCGUGCUGAAAAUGUAAUUUUAAAAGAAAAGAAAAAGAGUUUCUGAGGAACAUGCUGUAUCCAUACGUGUUCUGUGGCGAUCAGCAGUCUGCUCUUUAGAGGUCACCACCCCGUUUCAAGGCUCUAAACCAACUGUAAAUACUGGGAGAACCUUUUGCCUUUUAAAAAUAAAAACCUGUAGCUAAUGUUUACGGUGGAUGUUGCCCAGAUCAUUUUCUCCUUAGAUACUAACAUACUCUUCUUCAAUUCGCACAUCAUAUAAGCUCUAACAAUAUAUAGUGGUUCCAAACUUGAAUGAAGUUAAUGACUAAUCAGCCAUUAACUUCAUUGAUUGCGCAGAGUGUAGAAAAAGCAAACUUGUUAAUACAGAUUAUUUUUUUAUUCCUUCAUUAAGUAUUCUCGUGAGCGUCUUUAUGACUGUAACAUGGCCGAUUUUCAAAAUGUAAUCUUUUUAAAAUAAAGUCAUGUUUUUUACUGUA